UCCAAUCUCAACCCAACCCUGUCUCCCACAGUUCACAGUACUCAAACCCAUCUACAGAAUAUAAACAAGUACCAACCUUAAGUGUGGUAACAGAAAGUAAGUUAUCGUGAUAUCGAUCAGGAAGAACAAGAAAAAUGGCAUCGGAGAAAGAGGUUGAAACUGUAAUAGUUGGGAACUAUGAGGAGAUGGAAAGUGAAGGGAAGACUGGGGAUAUAAAAUCCAAGUUAUUAAGCUUCUUGUGGCAUGGUGGUUCUGUUUACGAUGCUUGGUUUAGCUGUGCUUCCAACCAGGUGGCUCAAGUUCUGCUUACGCUACCUUACUCAUUUUCCCAGCUGGGAAUGCUUUCUGGCACCCUUUUUCAACUCUUCUACGGCUUGCUGGGUUGCUGGACUGCUUACCUCAUUAGCGCACUCUACGUUGAAUACAGAACCAGAAAAGAGAGAGAAAAAUUCAAUUUCAGGAACCAUGUCAUCCAGUGGUUUGAGGUUCUUGACGGGCUCCUCGGGAAGCACUGGAGAAACGUUGGCUUGGCCUUCAACUGCACAUUUCUUCUUUUUGGAUCUGUUAUCCAACUCAUAGCUUGUGCAAGCAACAUAUAUUACAUAAAUGAUAAUUUGGAUAAGAGAACUUGGACUUAUAUCUUCGGAGCAUGCUGUGCCACCACUGUAUUUAUCCCUUCCUUCCACAACUACAGAAUCUGGUCCUUUCUUGGCCUCCUCAUGACCACUUACACUGCUUGGUACCUCACUGUUGCUUCUCUCACCCACGGCCAGGUAGAAGGGGUUAAGCAUUCGGGUCCGACUAAAUUGGUUCUAUAUUUUACGGGGGCCACAAACAUUCUCUACACAUUCGGGGGACAUGCCGUUACUGUGGAGAUAAUGCAUGCGAUGUGGAAGCCUCAAAAAUUCAAGUCCAUAUACUUACUGGCCAGUGUGUAUGUACUGACACUGACGCUUCCAUCGGCAGCAGCAGUAUACUGGGCAUUUGGAGACAUGCUUCUUGAUCACUCCAACGCUUUUUCUCUCCUUCCAAGGUCACCCUUCCGUGACAUGGCUGUCAUUUUAAUGCUCAUCCACCAGUUCAUAACAUUUGGGUUUGCAUGCACGCCACUGUAUUUGGUGUGGGAGAAAGCAAUAGGAAUACACGAGUGUAGAAGCCUCUGCAAGCGUGCUCUUGCGAGGCUACCGGUGGUGAUCCCCAUAUGGUUUCUGGCCAUAGUCUUCCCCUUCUUUGGGCCCAUCAACUCCACCGUUGGAUCUCUUCUUGUCAGCUUCACCGUUUACAUCAUCCCCGCCCUCGCUCACAUCUUCACCUUCAAAUCACCCGCUGCUCGACAGAAUGCGGUGGAGCAACCCCCGAAGUUGGUGGGAAGAUGGGCCGGUGCGUACACGAUCAACGUAUUCGUGGUGGUGUGGGUUGUGGUGGUAGGGUUUGGAUUCGGUGGAUGGGCUAGUAUGGUUAACUUCGUACACCAGAUUGACACAUUCGGUUUCUUCACCAAAUGUUACCAGUGCCCCUCACCCACCUCCGUCCACCCGCCACCACUCAACGCCACCGCUCCUUCCCCUCUCCCUCACUAACUCCUCCACUCUUCAAUCCUCUUCCCACUUAAUCACUGCUGGAUUCUCUAUCUAUUUCCUUCUAUUUAAUUACCCUUAUCACAUUCUUCAACUUCUUUGUCUUUCUCUUCCUGUGCUACCUUCUUUAUUCCUUUUCCCACUCUCACAAGAGAGACAAAAUUGGAAACACACGGUACCCUAUUAUUGUUGCCGAGUUUCAAACACUUUCAAACUCUGGCAUUAGCAAGGGUUAAUUAAGCUAUCUCAUAAAUUAUUGAUGUUUUUAUUUCGCAA